AUGUCGGCCGAUCAACACCUCCAAGCUCUCACAAAGGUUGUGGUGAACAACCUGGAAAACCAACACGACUGGACCCAGGUUCAGAGACACAACCAGGACAACCUCCCCCGACCUCUCCUCUACGGACUCCCACCCAAGCGCCUCUAUGUGCACCCCGAUGAGCAGAUCGAGAUCAUCAAGGCCGAGAAGGAGCUGAACGAGCGAAUUCCCCAGGAGCCUGAGCUUGAAUGGGUUUUGCCGCUGCACCUGGCGGAGAAGUGGUCCAUCAGCGACUUUUCGGCCGUCUUUGAUGCCAUCACAGCCAUCCCUCCCGGAGGUGAAUCUGUGAACCCCAAUGAGGAUGCUCAGUGGCAGUUAUGGAGGGGACCAAAGCGUGACAAGCGCAUCUUGCUCGCGACCGUCCAGGAUGAUUCCACUGUCACGUAUUACUGGAUGCACAACGGCCUCGUGAAGCCCAGACAGAACUGA